AUGCCUCACUCUCAGCAUGAAGAAGAUGCAUCCGCAGCGGUGGACGGUGCUCCCAUACCGGUGACGCUUGUUACCGACUCUCUGGAGAAGCCUUCCCUCGACGAUCGCGACUAUCGAGUCAUUCGUCUUGGCAAUGAGCUCGAGGCUCUCCUGGUGCAUGACCCCGAGACCGAUAAGGCCAGCGCUGCCUUGGAUGUCAAUGUGGGAAGUUUCAGCGACGAGUCUGAUAUCCCCGGGAUGGCUCAUGCGCUUCUUUUCAUGGGCACCAAGAAAUUCCCAAUUGAGAACGAAUACGCCGAAUACCUCUCCGCCAAUUCAGGAAGCUCAAAUGCUUACACUGGGCCAACAUCGACGAACUAUUUUUUCGAGAUUUCUGCCAAGCCGGACAAUGACCAGGAUCCUUCAGAUACCAACCCUUCUCCUCUGCGCGAGGCUCUGGAUCGAUUCGCUCAGUUCUUUAUCGAACCGCUCUUUCUACCCGAGACCCUGGACCGAGAGCUGAAAGCUGUUGAUUCAGAGAAUAAAAAGAACCGUCAGAUUGACAUAUGUAGGACUAUUCAGCUAGUGAAGUCUCUUUCCAACCCCAACCACCCGUUCUCUCACUUCCCAACCGGCAAUUUUAAGGUUCUCAAGACACUUCCUGAGGCACGUGGAAUUAAUGUGAGGGACAAGUUUAUCGAGUUCCACGCCACACACUAUUCAGCAAACCGCAUGAAGCUGGUUGUUCUGGGUAGAGAACCGCUUGACGUGCUUCAGAAAUGGGUCGCCGAGUUGUUCUCUCCUAUCGUCAACAAAAAACUUCCACCAAACCGGUGGCCAGGCGAACUUCCUUUCAGGGAAACCGAUCUCGGUAUGCAGUGUUUCGCGAAGCCCGUCAUGGACUUGAGAGAGCUUAACCUGUAUUUUCCCUUCAUCGAUGAGGAGUUUAUGUUUGCUACUCAACCUAGCCGAUAUAUCAGUCAUCUCAUCGGGCAUGAAGGCCCUGGAAGUAUCAUGUCAUGUAUCAAGUCCAAGGGUUGGGUAGAUGGUCUUAUUGCCGGCGCCUAUCCUGUUUGCCCUGGCACUCCUGGUAUCUUCCGCGUACAGGUUCGCUUGACGAAAGAAGGUCUUAAGAACUACCCUGAAAUCGUCAAGAUAUUUUUCCAGUACAUCACUCUCCUGCGUGAGAGCCCACCCGAGGAGUGGAGAUUUCAAGAGCUGAAGGAAUUGAAUGAUGUCGAAUUCAAGCUCAAGCAGAAGACGCCCGCCGUGAAAUUCACCAGCCAAAUCAGCUCGGUAAUGCAAAAGCCUCUUCCUCGGGAACAGUUACUCAGUGAAAACGGCCGUCUCCGAGAAUUUGCUCUUGAUGAGAUCGAAAAAGCCCUUGCCACGAUUCGCCCGGAUAACUUCCGCAUGGUCAUUGUAUCGCGCGAGUACCCUGGCAAUUGGAACCAGAAGGAAAAGUGGUACGGAAUUGAAUAUCGACACGAAAAGAUCCCCGAAGAUCUCAUGGAGGAAUGCAAGAAAGCGUUUGCUAUCUCUCCCGAAGAUCGACUACCUGCCCUUCGCCUGCCUCACAAGAACAAGUUUAUUCCUACUAAUCUCGAGGUCGAGAGGAAGAAGGUUGGUAAGCCGGCCCCGAACCCCAGGAUUAUCCGCAAUGAUGGCAUUGCCAGGACCUGGUGGAAGAAAGACGAUACCUUUUGGGUUCCUCGCGCCAAUGUUGUUGUCAGCCUGAAGACACCACUUAUAUAUGCUUCAGCAGAAAACAACGCCAUGGCUGAACUGUUCUCGAACCUCGUCCGUGAUGCACUCGGAGAGUACUGGUACGACGCGGAGCUGGCUGGCUUGCAGUACAACGUCGAUCUCGGUUCGCGUGAUGUGUUCCUGGACGUCAGCAGCUAUAAUGAUACGCUGCUUGUGGUCUUGAAACAGGUCGUCACCACAAUGCGAGACCUGGAUAUCAAGGAAGAUCGAUUUGAGAUUGUCAGGGAGCGCUUGAUCCGAGGAUGCAGAAACUGGCAGCUGCAACCACCUUACAAGCAGAUUAGCAGAUAUACCGAUUGGCUCAAUGCCCCCGAACGGGACUUCAUGGUGGAGGAGCUCGCAGCAGAGCUUCCAAGUGUCACAUUGGAAAGUGUCAGGCUUUUCCAGAAACAGAUGCUUGGCCUGGUUUUCAUCGAAGUGUACGUACAUGGCAACAUGUACAAGGAGGAAGCUCUCAAAGCAACCGAUAUGGUCGAGUCCAUCCUGAAACCACGGGUUUUGCCAAAAACUCAGUGGCCUGUCCUGCGGUCACUCAUUCUGACAGAAGGUUCCAACUACGUUUUCAGAAAGACUCUCAAGGACCCUGCCAACGUUAACCAUUGCGUCGAGACUUGGUUUUAUGUCGGUAGCCGAGAAAAUCACGACAUCCGGGUCAAGACCCUCCUUUUGGACCAGAUACUCCAUGAGCCAGCGUUUGAUCAGCUCCGGACUAAGGAGCAACUCGGUUACGUCGUAUGGAGCGGAGCUCAAUGCUUCUCCACGACUUGUGGUUUCUCCUUCCGCAUCCAGAGUGAAAUGACACCAGAGUUUGUCGACUCGCGUAUCGAGGCCUUCCUCAUGAGAUAUGCAGACACUCUGGAGACGAUGACUCAGAAAGAAUUCGAAGGUCACAAGAAAAGUCUGGUCGCCUCGUGUCUAGAUAAGCUCAUCACACUGAAUCAGGAGUCUCAACUGCAUUGGACUGAGAUAAACAGCGAAAAAUAUGAUUUCGAGAUUCGCCAACACGAUGCCGCCCGAAUUCGACAGCUAACCAAGGCUGAAAUUGUGGAUUUCUUCAACCAGCAUCUCAACCCUUCUUCCACGCAGAGGGCUCGGUUAUCGAUUCAUCUUAAGGCUCAAGACAAGGCCGAAGGGGUCGAUAAGCGACAGGAAGAGGCUCAGAAGCAGGCCGAUAAGGAGCCCUCCUCUGGAGAUGCUGUAAAGAUGGCCGAGGAAAUCACUGAUGUCAGGCUUUACAAGGCUGGUCUUACUCCCAGUUCAGGGGUCAUACCUGUCAAAGACGUAAGCGACUUUGAGCAUUGGUAUGUGCCGCUUAGGGCUUGGAUUACGAACACAAAGUAUCGGCUCCGUGGUGCUUUUUCCCGGCUUAGGUAG